ACGAAGAUACUGGGGAGGUUCCAAAUCCUAAAGACCAUAACCCACCCCAGGCUCUGCCAGUAUGUGGACAUCACGAGGGGAAAACACGAGAGAUUGGUGGUAGUAGCUGAACACCAUGAGAGCAGUGUGGAAGACUUGCAGAAACAGAAGAAACCUGUGAGCCAUGUGAAGGUCCUCCAAAUUGCCUAUGAGGUAUUAGAAGGACUGGACUACAUGAACAGGCAUGGGAUGGUUCACAGAGCACUAGGACCUCGCAAUAUCCUCAUGGAUCAAAAGGGACACAUAAGACUGGCCAAGUUUGGUCUCUACCACAUGACUGAUCAUGGUGCUGAUGUUGACUUUCCUAUUGGCUACCCCUCCUACCUGGCCCCUGAGAUCAUUGCUCAGGGCUUUGUCCACCCGACUGAUCCCACACGGAGUGAGAAGCUUCUGCCCUCAGGCCCCAAGACAGACGUGUGGUCCCUCGGGGUGAUUGUCUUUGAACUCUGUGUGGGGAGAAGACUUCUACAAAAUAUAGAAAUAAACAAGAGAUUAAAAUUCAUUCUCAACCUGGGUUGCAUGGAUGACAUUGUGACUGUCCUGGCUGAAGAACAUGGCUGCUUAGAACUGGUUAAGGAGCUUCCUGAAAAUGUUUUAGCUUUAUUGAGGAAAUGCCUCACAUUUCUGCCUUCCAAAAGACUUACUCCUGCUGAAUUGCUGAAAGACAGUGUGUUUGACGAAAUUUCUUCCUUCUACAAACCUUACCAGAAACCGGUCAGUCUUUUCUCCUCCUCUCUGCGUUGUGCUAAUCUAACACUCCCAGAGGACAUCCGUGAGCUUUGCAAAGGUAAAAGUAUUUUUUGUUGCCUUUACAUGAAGGCAGGCCUUUAAAAAUAUGUGGUUAGAGAGCUUUGUUUUCUCUGCAGAUUGAAUAUUGAUGAAGAUACUCUUAUUAGUAAAGGUGCAUUUUGUGUUGUUUUUUAUCACUGCUGCAUUUAUCGUUAUUUUAUUUACUAACUUGGUGGCUUUAUAUAUGUGAAUAACACUUUUUACUUUUAUUCUAGCAGUUAUUUUAUUCUGUAUUUUUUGGUGACAGGACAUUAAAAGUCCAUAGAUCUUAACUGUCAUACAUUUCCAUCCAUAAUGAGGAUUGCAUAUGUUCAAUUUUAAAUGAAGCAUAGCAAAACAAGUAUUCUUGUUAUUUUUUUAUUAUUAUUUUUUAAACUGUAUGCCUUAUUUUGGGUUAGUCUUGAACUUCCUAGUUCAUUUGACCUGAAAUGAAACUGCACAUAUAAGAUGUACAUUGCGAAUGGGAGUGCUCAACAGGUAGGAUAUACUGAAUGGAAUUUUCAGAAGAUAUACAGUAACCACAUUUAAAUGGGUGGUUCAGUGAACAAAUUAAUCAAGCUUAGAAGACAGGUGAAAUUAGUCUUGAGCUCUCAGAUUUGCAGUACAGUCAGCACUCGCAUAUCCGACCCUAUAAAAUUUUGACUUCAGUGAUAGUUAAACGUGUGUGACGCAUAUCUGAUUAUUUCAUUUUGGCCCAUUCCAACCCUUGUAUCUUUUUUGUGUCCCUGAAAAACUGACAAUAUCAAAAAUACUUAUCUGAAAGGACUGUGUUUAAAAUAAGUAGGCUUCCAUUUAGAUGUACUGUAUUGGUUUUGUUGGUACAAUACGAUAUUUUAACAGAUGUAGUAUUUUAAUUCAGAACGAUAUGAUUCUGAAAAUAUCACUUGCCAAAUUAAAGAGACUACACGUUAACACUAAUACAGUACAUACUUUUAAAUCCGGUAUGUAUUGUAGCACUAUGUAA